AUGGACGGCAUAACCAACCUCCUCUACAUCGCAUACGAGCGCUUCACGCGCAACCUGCGCGGCACCCUCGAGGGCAUGUCCCCGGAGAAGUGGAUCAGGAUCGUCAUCAUCGUCGGCACAUACAUGCUCAUCCGGCCGUACCUGCUCAAGCUCGGCGGCAAGGCCCAGAUGAACCAGCACGAGAAGGAGGCCGCCGAGGCCGAGGUGGAGGCAGAGGCGAAGGCGAAGCUGUCGCCCAACGAGCUCCGUGGCCACAAGAUCGAGAUCCCAGAGGACAGCGACGACAGCGACGCCGAGGGCGAGGGCGAGGGCAAGAAGUCGUCGUCGUCGAGCGCGACAGACUGGGGAAAGAAGGCACGCCGCAGGCAAAGGACCAUGGUCAAGAAGCUGCUGGACGCCGAGGAGAAGAGGCUGCAGGAGCUGCAGGAGGAUGAUGAGGAUAAGGAUAUCGAGGAGUUCUUGACGCAGUAG